AAAAGCAGCCAACUCCUCUUUUAUACUCCAUAAAAUAUUAUAUAUUAUAUUUAUAUAAAGUUGUCCGAAAUUUGCGUGAAAUUUACAAUCAUUUUAACAUCACCAAAAUCACAAAACAAAGACACACACAGUUGUUCCUGUGUCAAAUAUAAUAUUUUACUUACACACAGACAGAUAUUAAGGAAGACAGAAAUAUAUAGAAAGAUGAAGCGUAGGUUUGGGACACCAGGGAUGAAAAGUGGGCUUGUUUUGAGGGUGUUUCAAUGUUUCUUUGCUGCUGCUUCUAUAUUCAUCAUGGCUUCUUCUACUGGUUUUGCCAGCUCCACUUCUUUCUGCUAUCUAAUUGCAGCAAUGGGGCUACAAGUUUUAUGGAGUUUUGGACUUGCCUGUCUUGAUAUCCAUGCUCUAAGAGUAAAGAAAGAUCUGCAGAGUCAAAUCUUAUUAACACUUGUCGUCAUUGGUGAUUGGGUGACGGCUAUUCUAGCACUUGCAGCUGCAUCCUCAUCUGCUGGAGUGAUGGUUUUGUUUGUAAGAGAUUCAGAUUUGUGCAAAUUGGACCUCAAACUUUCGUGUAAUAUGUUCCAGAUUUCGAUAACUUUGGCUUUUAUUUCAUGGUUUCUCCUUGCCAUCUCUUCUCAUACAGUCCUUUGGUUGUUGGCUUCACUUUCUUGAAUUUCCAUAACUGUACAUAUCGAGUUUUUAAUGUAACUCUUUUUUCUCAACUUCCAUUAUCUUCUAAAUUACACCUGAAGUUUUCUGAACUUAAA